AUGAACCCCACUAAAAAACCACGCUUAUCACCAAUGCAGCCGCUGCUCCUUGAAAUACUAAACGACCCUGAGCUUUAUAGUCAACACUGCCACAGUCUCCGUGAAUCACUUGUUGAUCAUUUCAACCACCAAGCCACCCUCAUCGACACCUACGAACAUGAACUAGAAAAAUCCAAAAAUGCUAACAAAGCUUUCCAACAAGCACUUAGUGAAAUAGGUACGGUUGUUAUAUCUGUUGCGAUGGGAGAUUUGUCGAAGAAAGUUGAGAUUCACACAGUAGAGAAUGAUCCUGAGAUUUUAAAAGUUAAGAUCACUAUCAACACAAUGAUGGAUCAAUUACAAACAUUUGCUAAUGAGGUCACAAAAGUCGCCACCGAAGUCGCAAAUGGAGAAUUAGGUGGACAGGCGAAAAAUGAUGGAUCCGUUGGUAUUUGGAGAUCGCUUACAGACAACGUUAACAUUAUGGCUCUUAAUUUAACCAACCAAGUGCGAGAAAUCGCCGAUGUUACACGUGCUGUUGCCAAGGGUGACUUGUCACGUAAAAUCAAUGUACAUGCACAGGGGGAAAUCCUUCAACUUCAACGUACAAUAAAUACUAUGGUGGAUCAGUUGCGGACGUUUGCAUUUGAGGUAUCUAAAGUUGCCAGAGAUGUUGGUGUGCUUGGUAUCUUGGGUGGACAGGCGUUGAUUGAAAAUGUCGAAGGUAUUUGGGAAGAGUUGACUGAUAAUGUCAAUGCCAUGGCUCUUAAUUUGACCACACAGGUGAGAAAUAUUGCCAAUGUCACCACUGCAGUUGCCAAGGGAGAUUUGUCGAAAAAAGUCACUGCUGACUGUAAGGGGGAAAUUCUUGACUUGAAACUUACUAUUAAUCAAAUGGUGGAUCGAUUACAAAACUUUGCUCUUGCUGUGACUACCCUAUCAAGAGAGGUGGGUACUUUGGGUAUAUUGGGUGGACAAGCAAAUGUUCAAGAUGUCGAAGGAGCUUGGAAACAAGUCACAGAGAAUGUUAACCUAAUGGCCACCAAUUUAACCAACCAAGUGAGAUCUAUUGCUACUGUUACUACAGCAGUUGCUCAUGGAGACUUGUCGCAAAAGAUUGAUGUCCAUGCCCAGGGGGAAAUAUUACAAUUGAAAAAUACAAUCAAUAAGAUGGUGGACUCUUUACAGUUGUUUGCCUCAGAAGUAUCAAAAGUGGCUCAAGAUGUUGGUAUCAAUGGUAAAUUGGGUAUUCAAGCACAAGUUAGUGAUGUUGAUGGAUUGUGGAAGGAGAUUACGUCUAAUGUAAACACAAUGGCUUCAAAUUUGACUUCACAAGUGAGAGCUUUUGCACAAAUCACAGCUGCGGCAACUGAUGGGGAUUUCACUAGGUUUAUCACUGUUGAAGCGCUGGGAGAAAUGGAUGCUUUAAAGACAAAGAUUAAUCAAAUGGUGUUCAAUUUGCGUGAAUCGCUUCAAAGAAAUACGGCAGCCAGAGAGGCGGCCGAGUUAGCCAACAGUGCCAAGUCUGAAUUUUUGGCAAACAUGUCGCAUGAGAUUAGAACACCUUUGAAUGGUAUUAUUGGUAUGACACAGUUGUCACUCGACACAGAGCUUACGCAAUACCAGCGAGAAAUGUUAUCGAUUGUACACAAUUUAGCCAACUCAUUGUUAACAAUUAUAGAUGAUAUUUUGGAUAUUUCCAAAAUCGAGGCAAACCGAAUGACUGUAGAACAAAUUGAUUUCUCAUUGAGAGGAACAGUUUUUGGGGCAUUAAAGACGCUUGCAGUAAAGGCAAUUGAAAAAAACUUGGACUUGACGUAUCAGUGUGACUCUUCAUUUCCGGAUAAUCUUAUUGGCGACUCCUUCAGACUUCGACAAGUUAUAUUGAAUUUAGCAGGCAAUGCCAUUAAAUUUACCAAAGAGGGUAAAGUUAGUGUUAGUGUAAAGAAAUCCGACAAGUUGGUGUUGGAUAGCAACUCUGAUAAAUUGCUACUUGAAGUAUGUGUUAGUGAUACUGGUAUUGGAAUUGAAAAGGACAAGUUGGGAUUAAUUUUUGAUACGUUUUGUCAAGCAGAUGGUUCUACUACAAGAAAAUUUGGUGGUACCGGUUUGGGGUUAUCGAUUUCCAAGCAGUUGAUUCAUUUGAUGGGAGGAGAGAUUUGGGUGACCUCAGAAUAUGGAUCAGGGUCGAACUUUUAUUUUACCGUUUGUGUUUCUCCGUCAAAUAUUAGGUAUACUAGACAGACAGAACAAUUGUUGCCAUUUAGCUCACAUUAUGUACUUUUCGUUUCAACGGAACAUACGCAAGAAGAACUUGAUGUCUUGAGAGAUGGAAUCAUAGAACUUGGAUUGAAUCCAAUUAUAGUGAGGAACAUUGAGGAUGCAAACUUGACUGAACCUGUCAAAUACGACAUAAUUAUGAUUGACUCGAUAGAAACUGCGAAAAAAUUACGGUUGCUUUCGGAAGUGAAAUAUAUCCCAUUAGUGCUCGUCCACCAUUCGAUACCACAGUUGAAUAUGCGAGUUUGUAUUGAUUUGGGUAUUUCGUCUUAUGCAAACACUCCAUGUUCUAUAACAGAUUUGGCCAGUGCCAUUAUCCCUGCCUUGGAAUCAAGAUCGAUCUCACAAAACUCUGAUGAGUCGGUGAGGUACAAAAUAUUACUAGCAGAGGACAACCUCGUCAAUCAGAAACUUGCAGUUAGGAUAUUGGAAAAACAAGGCCACCAGGUUGAAGUUGUGGAAAAUGGGUUGGAAGCGUUUGAGGCAAUAAAGAAGAACAAGUACGAUGUGGUGUUGAUGGAUGUACAGAUGCCCGUUAUGGGAGGGUUUGAGGCUACUGAAAAGAUUAGACAAUGGGAAAAGAAAUCAAACCCGAUUGACUCGUUGACGUUUAGGACUCCAAUUAUUGCUCUUACUGCGCAUGCAAUGUUAGGUGAUAGAGAAAAGUCGUUGGCAAAAGGUAUGGACGAUUAUGUGAGCAAACCAUUGAAACCGAAAUUGUUGAUGCAGACCAUAAACAAGUGUAUUCAUAAUAUUAACCAGUUGAAAGAGUUGUCAAAGCAGAAUAAUAACAACAGGACGACAUCUGAUUUUGCGAAGAACUUGAAAAAAGGUGUGAGUAGGAACGCGGAGAUGUCGAGUCCUACAAGGCAAGAUGGUGGUCGGCCUAGUCAGAGACGGUCAGCCACUGAAAGUUCAAUAACUACGAUUAACGAGCACUCGGGCGUAAGCUAA